AUGAGCAAAAAAUCUGCCAACACCGUGUGGUCAUCCUUGAAACAGACGCCCAAAGAGAGCAAGCCAUCUCAGUCUGAUUUUAAUGGCGACCCUUCCGGUUUUGGUAUCCCUAAUAACUCUCAAAUCCCACAUUCACCAUCCUUGAACUCCACUACCACGCGUCGAACGCGUCCUCGCAAAACAAACGACUCUAAACGGUUCUCUAUGUAUAUUCCUCAAGGAAAUUUGAACCAUUUGGAGUCACUUGAGCGUAUUCACGAUAUCUCUGAAGAUUCAAGCUCCGAAAUGAGCUAUUCCUUUGACAUCGUUUCCCUGAAGACACCCACUGAAGAACAGGGACAGAAGAACAACCAAUCAGAUAAGAUAGGGCACGCGCAUAAGAGCUCUCUAGCGUCAGCGUUCGAAGACUAUCAGCUGGCCGUAAGCGCCAUGGAAUCUUCGUCUCCAACUCGAAGUCUCGACCACCUGGAUCUUGCUCUAGAGGAGAAAAGAGAUGAAGAAAGGGAGAUAAAUUCACAGUUACAAGUUACAGACACUACACAUAUGGACUCAGAUUUGGACUCGAGUUUAUAUGAUAUUAAACAUUUUCAAAGCUGUAUCUGGGUCGGUCCUGCCUCCACAGAGAAUGAACGGUUGUUUGACAGCAACAUCAAAGACACAGCAAUAAUGGAUCAGAGUUACUACUCGGAAAAUGGAAUAUUUAACGAUACUCAGGAGAUAUUUAAUGAACCAAACCAUACACACCAUAACAGAACAGCAAAGAAGCUACAACGAACUUCUCUCCAUUUUUUUUAA